AGACAAAUAAUAAAAAGAAAACAUAGAAAAUUAAAACAGAAAGAAAGAAAAAAAAAACACGGAAUUUCUUACCACUAUUCUCUUGUUGUUGCUGUUAUUGUUGGUGUUAUUGGCUGUGAUUUGACAGUUUAUUGUUGUUAUUGUUGCUGUUACAUACUCAGUCGCUGUUAACAUCGCUGCUGGUGAUUUCUUCAAUCUAGUGUUGCUAUUUUUAAGACAGCUGUUAAUUUGUUUUGUUUGUUUUUAUUAUAACAAGUUGUUGUUGCUAUUACUACUCGUGUUGCUGUUGUUGUCAUGCUAAAUACCAGCAACAAAGUAGUGUCAUUUUUAAUUCUAUUAAAAUCGCCCUCAACUUAAUUGUUACAUUUAUGCCCCAGUUUAUGACUUCUUGUUACGACCAGCAAGCACAUCAAUCUGUGUCACCACUACUUCGACAAAUUUAUUUUCUUCUUUACUUCAUUAUCAAUCUAAUUUAGGCUCAAGAGAUGCAUGGCGUCAAAAGGGUUUUAAUCUUUUGCAUUUUGAUUGUGAUUUUACCGGCCACUUUGAUUGUUAUACCUUUAUAUUUGAGAAGAACCGUCUUCGCGGAUGUGGUUUAUCCGGUGGCCGAAUCGGAUAUUAUAGAGAUAAGAGAUGGCAUUUCUUCGAUAUUUUGCCAACAGCAUUCUCUUAAGAUGAGCAGUAAUUUUAAUGCCUUCCAGCUGGCGGGCAGACCCGAAAUUUCCACCAAUCACAAACACAUCAGAUUGAAGAAGUCCAUGACUUUGCCCGAUGAUACCUUCGAAUACUGGGGUUUCUAUUUGCUAAAGGGUGCAAGAGUACUGCUAAAAUUUUGCUCACGUUACGAUGGUGCUCGCAUGUUGGUGGUGAAGGGAGCUCGAGAAUUGGAUACUUGUGGUUUGUUGGAUCAUAAUAAAAAGAAAUUUGGUCCCAAUUGGAAUCAGAACCAUGAACAGGUGAAAGUGUUUUUUGAGGAUUUUGAAGUUAUCAAUGAAAAUAUACGCAGUGAUGAAUUGAUGAAUAGUACAGAUAUCUAUAAUGUUACCGAAAACUCCGAUCAUUUAAUGGAAAUGGAAAAUAGAGGAGGAGAAGAUUUAACAGAAGAUGUCGAGGAAGACGAUGAUGAAGAGGAUAGUGAGGAAGAAAUUACUACCACUACCACCGAAUUGCCUAAAACUACAAAAAUCAGGCGAAAGAAACUAAAGAAGGGUAAUCCUAAUGCCGUCAAGCAUCGCGAGAAUAAUGGCAAUAGCCUUAAGGCAAGUGAAGAAGAUAUAAAUCCUAUUAAACAAGUAAAUUCACAAGAAGAACUAAAUGUACCCAGACGCAGGCGAAAUUUACAACACAAAGCCUAUUUGGAACGACAUGCUCGAGAUCAUGAGCAGCGCAAACAAAAGGUAUACGAUCAACUGUAUAAACAUCGACCGAAACGCGAUCAUGUUUACGAUCGUAAAUAUACACAUGGUGGCAAUGCUAUGAACUUUACCCAAACCGAUGAGUCGAACUCAAUAUCAAGUUUUGAAAAUGGUCUGCUAGAGUGUUUCAAAACAAAUAAACUCUCUUUUGGCGACUUUCCACCCAUGGCCGAUUGUACAAAUCCCCAUUUUCUGGAGAAUGGUUCACAUCGUAUGUUGUCUAUACACGAAAUCGAUGCCGAUGGUUAUUACUAUUAUAUAUUCUAUAGUGACAAUGAUAUGGUACGCAAUGAUAUUCAUGCCAUAUUCGAUAUCUAUAAGCCCACCUUUGAGUAUUCGAAUUUAACUAACCAGCAGGCCUGUGUUAAUGCUACCAAUUGCACUUUUCCCAUUGGUUUUAUGUCCGAUGAGGUGGUAGUCGUCGAAGUGCCGACACGUGAUGGUAUCGAACAUGAAGAUGAUGAUAUCACGUAUUUGAUCUCAACCUGUCAUCCACGUCCAGAAAUUUACGCCAUAUUUCCUGUUUUAGUUUUGAUAUUAAUUCUCAGCUGUUCAUUUUUAUAGAAAUGGAAGGUCGGCUAAUGGAGUCAUUGAAAAGAAGUUUUAAGAGUUAAAGAAUUAUAAUUCAAUGGUGAAUUUAAGUUCUUGUGAGUGUUAGUGUGCCAUAGUUAGAGAUCGAAAGGUCUCUGGCAGUAUGUGAAGAUUUGAUGAUAUUUUGGAAUUUGGUGAAAUUGUAAAUCAUAAGUAAUCUAAAAUGAUUUCUAAUAUCUACAAUUUGUUUCCAAAGGCGUUUAAUAAUUAGGCAGAUAUUUUUUGGAAUCUCAAGGAUUACUAGUCGGAUUAGAAAACACAUUUAUCAGGGUCACAUCUUUCUGAACUUUCGUUCGAUAUUUUCAGAUAUGAUGUAGUUAUUCUAUCCGGUAUAUAAAAACUAUAAAAGGACCCAUAUUGAGAAAGUUUCCUGUUAGGUUUGGUUGAAAUGUGGAUAAAUGCUAUAUUGGAUCCAAAGAAAUAUAUAUUGACCGUUAUCCAAUCCAUUGAGCACUCUUUUUCAUGAAAAAUAUUGCAAUAAAUACCUUAUUAAGUGCUCUUUGAAAAUGUUGUCUCCAGAGCGUCAGAAAUCAAGAUUCCUGGACAUAAUUCUUUAAAUUUUUUUCUAAAAGAAAAACUUUAAUUAAUCUGUACUCCUCUUUGGGUCUCAAAACAGGAUAUAGUGAAAAUUAUCAAAGAACUGUUAAAGAAUUGACAAAAAUUAAGAAAAGGCUUCAUAUAGAAUUAAGUUUAGGUCCAAAUGAUAUCCUCCAUUCUACGACAGAUCUGAUAAUAUACCAGUAUACCAUGCAUGAUUAUACCUGCUCUGAUGUUCUAAAAAUCAAUGAAAGUUCGACAAUAUCAAAGCAAGAGUUCCAGACUUUCAUUGCCUUCUUUAUAGUUCACUAUUGGUCCUGUUAUGCGCUCUUUAAUUUGGAAUCUGUUGGCCUUUCUUUAAUAUAAAACCAAUUUUUUGUAAUUAUUUCUUAACAAUUUUCCAAUACUACUGAGGGAUAUUGCUCUCCAAGAUAUUUCGAUCUUAUUUAAGGAAAAUUUGAUAAUAACAAAGAAUGUAUUUCAAAUUUUCGUGUACAUGGAAAAUGCUCUUGGAAAAUCUUUAUAUAAUGCUCCUUGAAGGCAGUAUCAUUUGAUGUUCUAAAAGUCAGUUGUCUGAAAGUACUUCUCGAGAAUUUUUCAAUCAGAUUUUUGAUAUUUAUCGCUCCCACGAUAUUCACAGCUUAGACUGGCAGUUACAAAGAAAGUGCUGUAAGCCACUAUCGGGCACCAGUAGUGAGUGCUCUUCUUCAUAUAGAAAAUUCUCUUGGAAAAUCCUUAUUCAAAGUUGUGAAAGCCAGUUUUCUGAAAAUAUUUCUAUAGAUUUUUCCAAUCAGUUUUCUUGAUAUAUAUUGCUCUUACCAUAUUCAGAUCCAAGACUGACAGUGACAUAUAUAGAAAAUGCUCUUAGCAAAUCCUUAUCCUUAUCCGAUGUUGUGAAAGUCAGUUUUCUGAAAAUACUUAUUAUGAAUUUUUCAAUCAGUUUUCUUGAGAUUCAUUGCUCUUACCAUAUUUAGAUUUAUGAAUGACAGUUAUAAAGAAAGUGUUGUUCUUUAUAGGCCGCUAUCAGGUCUCCUUUGCAUGGAAAAUGUUAGUGGAAAAACUCUUAUAUAUUUCUCUAUGAAGGUCUGUUAAUGUCAACGACUUACUUCUUUAGAACCUAUAGCGAAGUCGGGGAAAUCUAUUUUAUGACAAGUCUGCGAUUAAGCCAUUGCUUGUAAGGCCUUUUGUAAGAAAUUUCCAUUAAUAAUUUGUAGAUUUGUUGCUUCUCUUGUUCUUUCCUUGAAAUUCUUAAAAAAUUACAAAAAUCAUCCAAAUUUUAAAAGCCUUUAGGAAUAUCAGACCAAAUAUCAUAAAAAUCUUCCCAAGAAAUAAAAAAAAUGUAUGGCAAAGUAAUAUUAAAGUAUAUUUAUUAACAAAAUG